AUGGCCCCCAUCCCUCCCCAGCCCGCUUUACCGCCCAGCAUGGUCAGUCCUCUCCCAUCCUCUUCUUCUAUUGCUAUCAGCGCUGAUGCGCCCUCAUCUCUGCACCAACCCCAUCAACCACCUCUACGUGCACGCUUGCAUGCUCUGCUACAACACUCCCAUUCGCACUCGGGCUCGAGUCCUGCCCUGUCUCCCACUUCUGAUACCCCCAGCCAGCAUCUAACAGACGCAGAGCCGCUUUCGAGCUCCACUUCAAUAGAGAGCGAUGGUCGUACCGCUCCAUCAUCUAAGCUUGUCGCCUCGACCGCCAAGGCUAGCUCACCCAGAGGCGCCCUCAAUGUUCUAUCAAAGUCAGUCACAUCAUCCAUGUCCAACAACGUGUCUCACUCGGCCUUGCCGCCUUCAUCCAGGCUAGCAGCUUUACCUCGCUCCGUGACUGCGCCCGAACUCGACAAAGUCAUAGCCUCGGCUCGACUCUCUGACUCAAAUUCUGCAGGCCCUUCCAGAACAUCCAGUCUCGAUCGCUCUCAACUUCCGUCAGGGUACAACGUGGGUGUUGAGCACAGCAAAACGCUACAGGCUCAUGAUCAUCAACCGCGUCAGCGUCCAUCCAUCAAGGUCCGCAUCAUCACCUGGAAUAUGCACGACAGCGUCCCCAAAGGCGACCUUGAAGUCUUGUUAGGCAAAGCCGGCCAGUACAUAGCACCUGACUCUGACUGGGACGUAAGCCACGACAGCGCCGAUGAUGAGCAAGUUUCAUCACACUCCCAGCGCAGUCAAUACCGAGGUCAAUAUGUCGUAGGUCAGGAGCACGUGCCUAGAGCGGAUCGUAUUCCGCCUCUCCCACACGACGACUCGCACCCUUACCAUCUCUUAGUCAUAGCAGGUCAAGAGUGUCCGUGGGGAGAUGGAAAACGCCUAGCAACCAGCGUCGGCAUGGCUGGUGAGCUCGGCGACUUUGGCAAACAGAAGAAGCGCGCUGCCAAAGAAAAGUCCAAGCCAUUCAAAUCCAAGGAAAAGCAGAGGUCUGGCGAUAGUGACACCCUACCCAAUCCUGCCGACGCGUCCAAGCCGCUUCAUUCGAGCAACGAUGAGGCUCCCUCUUCACCUCAGAUCAGAGACGCUCCUCAACUGCCAUCGGAUGAUAACAGCUUUCCCUUCUUUUCUGGCCCCCUCUCCUCGGCGCUUCCCGGCCAGCCGCUUGCCUCGCCCAUGAUCGGCGGCAGCUCCAUGCCUGGCUUUGGAGGUAGCACAGUUGACCUCCACCAGGAUGACAAGCUUGUCCCAUGGAACAUUGGCGGAAAAGGGUGGAGCGACCUCUGCGAGGACUGGCUCGUUCGCAACCAUCAUGCCAAAAAGGACAAGGAAAAGUCGUUCAUCAGCGGUGCUCGUCUCGCUCGGGCAUUAUCGCAGUCCGCCUCCAGAAAAGAUUUCGCACACUCUCGCGAAUCCUUGGCUCUGACCGACAAUCUACAAAAUGUGCCUCCCCAAUCCUUUUCGGCAGCUGUGACGCCGGAACUCUCUCGCGCCGCAAGUCCUAUCGGCAUUCCUACGAGCAUUAGUCUGCCGGGCACGCCAAAUCAGAGCACUUUUGAAGGCUUUGGCUCAUUCUUAGAUGCUCCGGCGAUUUUGCCCUCGGAGCCCUCCACCAGCGCCGAGAAACGCAAACGUCUUGUGCCUAGGCUCAACCUCAACCGCGUUGACCUCGUCAAGAAGUCAUCAGCUUCCGGCCGCUCGAGCCCCGCCAACAUCACUGAUACCGAAUGUGUAGCAUCGCCUAUGCUGCUUUCGCCCUCGACGACCGUUCCCAAGAUUGGGCCGCAGCUGUCGAAUGAAUUGCACUCGAUCGAACAGCCUGCACAAGCCGCCGAGCCAAUUACUUCGAACGCCUCGACGAGCGCAGGAGCGCAUCUGACCGUCCCUGUCACCCCUGCUCUGAGUUGCAUGAAUUCGUCGAACACCCUUUCCAGACUAGCGGUGUGCACGGAUCCCAUGUCGCGCUCCGUCUUGCCCGCGGCUACCGAGGUCCACGUCGAACCUCCAACACCAUCACGCUCUCCAUCUCCGUAUCCUAACGCCCCUGCUCCUACUGGCAUUGGCAGUCAACUUCCACGCGACUCUGCAGUGCCUUUCGUCCCAACCAAUACCACUGGCGAGGCUGGCGUCCUGCCCAAGGCACCCGACAGGGUGUUUGCAGACUCCACACCAAAAUCGCUCGGUCCGUACGAGUUGGUGAUAAAGGAGCGCAUGAUGGGUUGCUACAUGGCUGUCUACGUCUGGCGUGGUUGCAAAGACCGAGUUCGUGGCGCUUCGCGCUCGCACGUCAAGUCUGGCCUUCUUGCAGGUCGCGUUGGUAACAAGGGUGGUGUGGGUAUCUCGCUCAAGCUCGGCAACACAAGGUUGCUGUUUGUCAAUGCGCAUCUGGCAGCGCACGAAGACAAAGUCGCGCUUCGAUUGGCAAACGUAGCCAAGAUCAAGGCAGCACUCAAGGUUGACUCCUUCUUGCCAGCAGACGACCCACGGUCCCGGCUUGAGGACAUCACUGAGCAGUUUGACCAUACCUUCUGGUUCGGCGACCUCAACUUUCGCAUCGACAUUUCGCGUCAGCACGCCGACUGGCUCAUGAUGAACAAAAAGUAUGAUCAGGCGCUCGCCUUUGAUCAACUUGGCAAAGUGCUCAAGGAGGGCGAUGCUUUCAAAGGGUUUAAGGAGGCUCCGAUUGAAUUCCCGCCGACCUACAAGUACGACGUGCUCAAGACGCUCAAGAUCAAGCGAACCAAGACGCAGACUUUGAUUCGAAGCGCGAUUGACGUUCCCGGAGCAUCGUCUUCUGGCGCUGCUACAGUCAAAUCCGCUACCUCUGAAACCUCGGCGAUCCCUCUGGGCGAAAGCGUCAUCCCAGAGGAAAGCCCUGUCUGCUUUGGUGCAGCUGAAACGCAACUAGAAGAAGCGGGGGAUGUCAGUGUGCCCUACGCAACAAGUGCGCUUGACACCGAUGAAUGCUCGAAGUUAGGCGAAGCAAGAUUCGACGCUGGUGCACGUGCUGCUUCGCCCAACGUCGCUGAUGAAAGCAUUGCGGCAUCGACGGAGGCGCAGGACCCCGACCGAUCCGACGAAGACCGAUACUCGAUCGCAUCUUCUUCAGUGUUUGGCUCAAUGGGAUCCUCUUCGGGCUUUGCACGCCCUUACCCGCGGCAGGAGGCAUGCCUGGCACCGGCUGUGGAUCCUGCGCUCGUGCGUGAGCGCGAGCUUGAGCUGCAAAGGCAGCGACAACUAGCCGAGAACACAAGCGCUGCGCAAGGGCCACGUUUCUUCUCUCAAGGAGCUGCUAUCAAAGCCAAGUUCAAGAUUAUGGACAUGGUGCGCAGUGCCACUAGCACGAACCUGAAAGACAAGCUCAGCAGCGCUGUGUCUUCAGACAGCCAUCAGGGAGGUCGGAAGAAAUGGCUCAACGUCUUGACCGACUCGCCCAAGAAGUCAGCUAUGCCCACCUCAGCCUCGAGCGACAACUAUUCAAUCGUGGACUCGAUCGGCUCGGUGCCCUCACCGGGGACAGAGUUGUCCAUGUCUGUGCCUGACGGCGAUGAUUCUUAUUACGCGGGAGGACGGAGAGGCAGCUUACUGUCAUCGGACAGUCGCCCAAGCAGUGCCGGUCAUGGCGAGAUAGCAAUCUUGCGCCACGUGUUGAGCAGAGAUGGGCAGGUCCUGUCGAGCGACCAGGAGAACGAGAGCGGUGCAUCGAUGGCUGUCAAGGCUAAUCCGCGCCGCUCGUCAUUGCAGAUGGCAAAGGCGACUACAUUGGCAGCAGCCAAAGCGCACAGGGAUGCCAAGUAUCCGCAUCUGACUGGCGCCACUGCUGAGCAGAUCGACUUCCUCGAAGCACAGCCGUACGACACGAGCGCUAAGCAGCGAGUCCCUUCGUGGUGCGAUCGAGUGCUGUUCCGGUCUACUGUGCCGCUAGAUGACGACGACGAAGACGCAGCAGACGAUCCACACAAUCACAGGUACAGUGCGCAUGAGACCAGAUUGGGAUCACGCGUCGGCAGCGCGCUUUCCCAUGCGCUGAUCACACCACUGCGGCAUGCAGCCGAGCGCCGUCACAACGCGCAUCUCCAGAGGAGCACUUCUAGUGGACUCAUAGCUGCAGUAGCCGGCGGCUCAAGUAUCGCAUUUGCCGACGAUCAGAUGGUGCCGACUGAAGCGGGUACUAAGGAACCAGCGAAGCGCAAAGCAAGUGCGCCACGCAGUGAGAAGCACGACAGUGCGGCCCGUGCUGCAUCUCAGCCAGCAAGGUGGAGCCCGAAAGCAGAGACACGAACGCUAGCAGGAGUCGAACGUACACGUCCGCCACAUCUCCUGCAACGCUUCCUACAUGCUGGUCGACGUCGGCAUCAAGCUAAGGCGCUGAGUCCCAGCCUCGCGUUUCCAGAUCUCACCCACGACCCACAAGGUACGAUUCAAUGGGUAGUGAAGAACAACAGCAGUGUCGAUCUGAUGUGCACAUCGACGAGUCUGGGACUUGAAAGUGGAGCGGGGCUUGGCUUCGCAGGAUUGGACGGGAUGCGAGCUGCAGUGAGCACGGUGGAUCUGCCGAGUCAGGUGGAAGAGAGGCAUAGCAGAUUUGAUGGUAUUGCUAGGCUAGUCGCGCCCACGUUGGGAGCCACAUGCGAGGUGCAGCCACGAGUGGUGAUUCCACAGAGGCAGUCGAGCACGUCCAAGACCACGUCGCCGGUGCUCAUGUCAUCGGGAUGGUCCACGUCAGCGUGUUCGACAAAGGCGACUGGGUCUCGUGCUGCGUUGGCGCCGGUCGAGGUUCCCGGACCUCGCGUUCGCUCGGCUUGCGCCAGUGCAGCUUCCGAAAAACCGGUGUUGCCUCCCGCUCCCACACGAUCAGGACCGCCAUUGGCGCGCGCGUCUCGGACGCUCUCGUCAUCGUCAGCAGACAAAGGCGGAUGGAUAGACAGCCUCUCGUCCCAUCUGCCGGCAUUCUUUGCCCCGGCUUUCUCGGCUUUGCGAUCGCAUCGAUACGCCAGCCAGUCGAUCGAUGCUACCGAGUUGCACGAAAACAGCGAUCACGACGCUCUACAGACCGAACCUCCGCUCUUGGGACCCAAGAAAGGCCACAUUGAGUGUCUGCUCUACAAAUCACUCGAUGAUCGUGAGAUGCGCAUUUUGCAAGGCAGAUCCGACCACCGACCCGUCAUCUUUGUUGGCGCUAUCGGCAUCUGA